UGUACUGUCUGGUGCCUGUGGUCUGCAACCGGGAGACAGAGUUAUUUGGAUUCUGCCCAGGAUCCCGGAGUGGUGGCUGCUGAAUGUGGCUUGCAUGCGAACAGGCAGCAGCUGACAGCAAAGGACAUUCUCCAUGGACUACAGAAAUCAAAGGCAAAGUGUGUCAUCACUGAUGGUUCUGUGGCACCAGCUGUGGACUCAGGUGGGCCUGAAUGGCAGUCUCUGAAAGCCAAGCUGCUUGUAUCAGAGGGCCACAGAGAAGGAUGGCUGAACUUCAGAGAGCUCCUGAAGCAUGCUCCUUCUGAUCACCACUGCGUGACCACAAAGCGUCAAGACCCGAUGGCCAUCUAUUUUACCAGUGGAACUACGGGGGCUCCAAAAAGGACUGCACAUUCCCACAGCAGCUAUGGCAUUGGCCUCACAGUAAGUGGAAGGUACUGGCUGGACUUGACUCCUUCAGAUAUAUUUUGGAAUACAUCAGACACGGGCUGGGCAAAGUCAGGUUGGAGCAGCAUUUUUUCCCCAUGGAUUCAAGGGGCCUGUGUCUUUGCACAUAAGAUGCCCCGCUUCGACCCAAGCAUUGUCUUUGAGAGUCUGUCAAGAUUUCCCAUAACAGUCUUCUGUUCUGCUCCAACUGCCUAUCGAAUGUUGGUGCAACAUAGACUGUCCAGCUACAAAUUCAGAAGCCUGCGGCACUGUGUGAGUGCCGGGGAGCCAAUCAACCCUGAAGUGAUGGGAGAAUGGGAAGAGCACACUGGGCUGGAUAUUCACGAAGGCUACGGACAGGCAGAAACCCUCUUACAGAUUGAUUCAAAUUGACUGUGGAGUUCAGAAUGGCAGGAGACACUUUGGACAAGUUUGAACUUCUUGAAGCUCAUCUUUCAUCUGGAUGCCAGGCUCUGAAGCAAGUAGAAGGGAAGAUGUGAGGAAGUUACUAAGCUUAGCCAAAGAUUUAGUAACCUUCAGCACACAUCCAUCACAAAUCAUCCUCCAAGCAAGACGGGCAGUAUUCCGAGAAUCAUCCAAGCCUUGAAAAGAAUGGUUAUGUUCAUAUUCUUCCUUUUAAACUACUGUUAGUGGGGGAAAAGGCAUUCAGGUAAGGCUUACAUAAAUGGAAGGGAUUCACGGAACUCUGACACAUGGUUUUCUAGAGAAAGUUUGGAAAAGGGCAGUGGCAGUGAAGUUUCCUUUGCUGAACAUCUAAUGGUCAUCUAACCAGAGUUUAAUAUAUGGUCCUGAUUACUAACAUUCUUGUUUUGUUUUAUCACUUAUAUCAAAUUCCGAUUGUACUAAUAUUCUCUUACACUAAUAAGAUGUCCAGACCUAUCCAGUAAGAUCAAGUUUCCUUGAUUCUCCCUCGAUUUCCUUAUUCUUCCCCCACUGUCUUUUUCUUUUGAACCCUAAUAAUUUAAUGUUUGGCUGUGUUGUGCAACAUACACUUCAAAGGACUAGGCCAGAUUUCAGAAAAAAGCAUAAACUUAGAGAUGACAAACUCUAAUCUUUGAAGCAUCUGGUCUUUCUUAUUUUGAUGCUUUUGUUGAACAGAGCAUUACGUAACUUGAAAAAGUUACAGUAGCUGUUUAGCUUUAUAAAAAUAUAUAUCUAUAAGAUGAGAAUCAUCAUAUCAUACUUACCAGAAUGCUCCCGUCCUGCAAAAGCUAUCCCCAGAUCCUGCAAGGCACCUUUUGUCCCUUUAGGCUUCCUAUUCUAGAAUAACUAAGAAGAAAAAUGCAGGUGAUUAAUAUACAGCAUUUCAUAGCCUCUUCACGGUAAAGGAAAAACGACUUCAGAAAUACCACCUCGCACUUAAUAAAUCUCAAGGUCACUGUACAAGUCAGGUGUCUGUUUUACAAUUGAGGUAAGUAAGCAUAAGGGUAAGUAACUUACCCUGUAACAAGUCAGAAUGGGAAGAACCAUGAAUCCCUUCUCUCAGUCUUAAACUAAUCCAUUCUAUCUUGGCCCUGUAACCAUUCAGUUGAACUUUAUGGCUUACAUCCCCCGGUUUAUUCAUUCAUAUUUAUUAUGCCCCAGGUUUAUUCAGCAUUCAAUAAAUGAUGACU